CUCUCCCUCUUUUUCUUGAAGCUGAUCCAAGCAAAAUAAUCCCGAGAAUAACUUGAAAAGUUAUAUGGCUCCUGUCGCGUUACCUCCAGGUUUCAGAUUUCAUCCAACCGAUGAGGAGCUGAUUACCUACUAUCUCAAAAGAAAAAUUAACGGUCUAGAAAUCGAACUUGAGGUUAUCGCUGAAGUUGAUCUCUACAAGUGCGAGCCAUGGGACUUACCAGGGAAGUCCUUGCUUCCAAGCAAAGACCAAGAAUGGUACUUCUUCAGCCCACGGGACCGGAAGUAUCCCAACGGUUCGAGGACAAACCGUGCAACCAAAGGCGGAUAUUGGAAGGCCACGGGUAAAGACCGCCGGGUUAGCUGGAGAGACCGAGCCAUUGGAACCAAAAAGACAUUGGUUUACUACCGUGGACGUGCACCACAUGGUAUUAGAACCGGUUGGGUCAUGCAUGAAUAUCGACUCGAUGAAAAUGAAUGCGAGCCUAGUGCAUACGGCAUGCAGGACGCCUAUGCACUUUGUCGUGUGUUUAAAAAGAUUGUGAUUGAAGCUAAACCAAGAGAGCAGCAUCGGUCUUACAUCCACGCUAUGUCGAAUGUGAGUGGCAAUUCAAAUUUUGAGGCUUGUUCGGAUCUAGAGAUCAGUUCAACUACUCAUCAAGUUCAAAACGCAUUCCAACCUCAAUUUUUCACAUCAAAUGCUAGUAACGAAAACUGGUCACAAUACUAUGGUUCUUCUUAUCCACCGUUCUCUACUGCAUAUAAGGUUAAUAAUGAGAUCGAAUGCUCACUGUUACAACACAAUAUAUCUCUACCACCGUUGCGUGUGGAGAACUCUGCGGUCAUCGAUUACGACUUCUAUAAUACGAGUAUGACUCACAACAACAAUCUUGGCGUCUUGGAGGACUUUACUUUCGCUACAAGUAAAUCCAACCAUUAUAAUAAUACCGUUGGUGAUCAAGUGAUCGACGUAGGCGGUUAUAAUGAAUCAUUAAUAAUGCCAAAUCAUCAUAUGAACCAGGGAUAUAUUGAAGAACAGAAGAUCAUAUCGACUUUAGAUGAUAAUAACCAAGAUCUUGGAUUUCAUGGAGACAAUACCAAUAUCAACAUAGAUAUCGAUGACUUCUUCUCAUUUGAUAUGUAUAACGAGGAAAACGUAGAUCGAGUCGAAGGUAACGAAGAAGACGUGAAUACAAAUGAAGCCGUAGAUUCAUCUGGAUUUGAGGUGGUUGAAGAAGAAAUUAGGGUUAACAACCAAAUGCUUAUCUCGACAUAUCAAACAACGAAGAUUCUAUAUCAUCAAGUCGUACCAUCUCACACGUUGAAAGUUCACAUCAAUCCUAUUAAUCACAAUGUGGAAGAGAGAACAUUGUUCAUUGAAGAGGAUAACGAUUCUUGGUUACAAAGAGCUGAGAAGUACACAAAGACAAAACUAACUCUUGUUAAUUUAAUGUCUCAGCAAUAUUACAAAUAUCUUGCGAUUUUUUUCUAAUUUCUUAAAAUUGAUUGAUUCAUAUACGCCUAAAAGAGAGAGAGCGUUUAUAUAUAAUGUACUAACAUAUACAUGUACACAUCUCAUUCUUUCUAUUUAUUAAUUGGAAUUACAUUGUAGUAUAAU